GUCUCUGGUGAUGGGUUAACUGUGCAGUUGUUCGCUUCGGCUUCGCGCCGGUGAAGGAGUUUAAGCAAUAUUAUUGUCGAGCUCACAUCAAAAGACGUAAUAGUUUAUGUCUUUAAUGCGCAAAGGUAUUAGGAAUCUGUUUCGUGGACGUUAUUUCGUCUACAAGAGACUGGUAAUUGGUUUCAUGGGAGCUGACUUUGGUGUAUUACCAAAGGACACUGCAGUCUGACAUUUUUUCGGAGAUCUGAGCAGUGUCCUCCCAACCAGAUCAUUUAACACUGUCCUCGGGCCACAAAAUCAGCAUGGACUACUCCUCCCAGGACUGUCACCUGAAAAUCAUCAGCCUGGGCUUCAUCUUCUACUCCUUUAUCUUCCUCCUCUCUCACAUCCUAUCUAGCCUGCUGUUUCACAUCUACUGCUCACUGCCAGCCAAAGAAAAGGUCUUCUGGGAUUUGACUGCGACACGGGCUGUGUUUGGCAUCCAGAGCACGGUGGCAGGGCUUCGGGUGCUCAUGGAGGACUCAGCCAUGUACUCUGAUAAGAUUCUUGGGCAAGAGGACUGGUCCUGGUUCAACGUGCUGACUGCUACGGGAUUCUUCCUGUUCGAAAAUGUGGCCCUUCAUGCGUCCAAUGUGGCAUUCCGGUCCUUCGACCUGCCGUUAGCUGUGCAUCACUUCUUCGCCCUUGCGGGGUUCGCCGGGGCCGUUGUGUGGAACUGGCUGGGUCACUUCUUCCCUAUGGUGACUUUGAUGCUAGAGAUGAGCACACCUUUCACCUGCAUCUCCUGGAUGCUGCUUAAGGCGGGCUGGUCUAAGACUCCGUUCUGGAAAGCUAACCAAUGGAUGAUGAUCCACAUGUUCCACUGCCGGAUGGUUUUGUGCUACUACAUGUGGUGGGUGAUUUGGAAUCAUUGGGAGGAGAUGAACACUCACAUCCCAUUGGUUCAGAGACUUCUGUUCUUCACAGGCCUCUUCCUGCUCACUUUCUUCCUCAACCCCAUUUGGACGCAUAAGAAAACCCUGCAGCUUCUCAAUCCUGUGGACUGGAACUUUGAUAACAGACCUGCAGCAGAGAACGGACCGAUCCGAGACCAGGCUCAACACAAGCCCCAUGCCAGCUGAUUAAUACUAACAUCAAGUUCUUAUAGGAAAUACAGUCUAUAAAAGGGUUAGUUCACCCAAAAAUGAAAAUUAUGUCAUUAAUGACUCGCCCUCGUGUCGUUCCAAACCCAUAAAACCUCCGUUCAUCUUCGGAACAUAGUUUAAGAUAUUUUAGAUUUAGUCCGAGAGCUUUCAGUCCCUCCAUUGAAGCUGUGUGUACGGUAUACUGUCCAUGUCCAGAAAGGUAAGAAAAACAUCAUCAAAGUAGUCCAUGUGACAUCAGAGGGUCAGUUUGAAUUUUUUGAAGCAUCGAAAAUACAUUUUGGUUCAAAAAUAACAAAAACUAUGACUUUAUUCAGCAUUGUCUUCUCUUCUAACUGACCCUCUGAUGUUUUUCUUACCUUUCUGGACAUGGACAGUAUACCGUGCAAACAGUUUCAAUGGAGGGACAGAAAGCUCUCUGAGUAAAUCUAAAAUAUCUUAAACUGUGUCCUGAAGAUGAACGUCUUAUGGGUUUGGAACGACAUGAGUCAUUAAUGACAUAAUUUUCAUUUUUGGGUGGACUAACCGUUUAAGAGCUUUAAGUUUAGCACUAACUACUACUACUUGCUGUAUUUCAAGAAUCUGUUCACCCAAAAAUGAAAAUUGUAUCUUCAUUUACUCACCCUUAUGUUGUUUUGUUAAUUUAUUUUAGUUUUUGUCCAUAAACUGAAUAUCAAUGGGGUCCAAAACACUUGACUUCUAACUCAUGACUUUCAUUGUAUGGACCAAAAUAUUCUUUUAAAAUAUAUGUAUAUAUAUAUAUUAUCUAUUGUGUUUUACUGAAGAAUGAAUGUCAUGAAACAUUUGGAAUGACAUGAGGGUGAGUAAAUUAUAGCAGAAUUUUUAUUUUAGGUGUACUAUCUCCAAGUAUUUCUAUCUAUAGAGUACAGUAUAUGAUUAGAAGUCGGAUGUGUGUUUCAGGAAGUCUUCUUUGAGACUACAAAAAUCAUGAGAUCUAUUUUAUGCAGCUUGCUUAGUUGACUUGGGUGUCCUGAAAACCCUUUUAUGUGCCGUUUAUGUGUGUUUAGGUGUUUCAGGAGUGGCUAUUUGAGUCUCAUUUCUCUUUGCUCAUUGGCAGUCAAAAAGAAUCUCUCAAGCUGGGAAAUCCUUGUUUUUUACUUAGGUUUUUAUCUGAUGGGGUCAUGUUUGUUAUUCCCACUGUGACUCUUUGUCUUGUGACAAAGAAAACCCUGACUGCUUUAUGACUGAGCAUGGUCUGUCAUCUCAGCCACACUCUAGUUCACUAAAUGUCACUCAAUCUGUUUUGGAAACUUCAGCUCAAAGCCAUUAGACCUGGUUUUUGUUUCAAUUUACGAAGGAUUUUUCUUUUACAGAAGUUGUGUAUUGGUGGUCAAUGGAUAUAGGAAUUUUUUAUUUUUAUGGAUGUUUGACUAAACCCUUUGUGUUCUGCAUAAAUAGGGUUUGUUCUGACAGAGACUGACUAAUCUCUGUAGAAAAGAGUGUGUGUGUGUGUGUGCGCGCGUGCGCACCAGGGAGGGAUAAGGUAUGGUAAGGAAGUUGUUUUAUCUAAAAUUGUUUCGUCUCGAGAACUAGAUCGAAUUAGAGUUCCUCUGUGUUUGUGUGUUACACCAAAUGCUUCCUCUUUUUCUCAUGAUUUAUAUAGAUUCUUUAAAAGAAGUCAAAAAGCAAAAAAGAAAAUUCACAUUGAUGGUGUUGCAUUUAAGCCAAAUAUAACAGACAAUACAAAACCUUAAUGUACCAAAUUACAAAUUUGUACAAAUUAAUGCUUGACCUUUGUACAGCUCAGUAUUUUGAGAGGAUGUGCAGUAUUAUCUGAUAGCAACAGGUGAAAAAAAGUUGGGAAUAAAUAUUAAGGAAUUUAUUUAUGACAGAACUUAUUUAUAUGUAAUAGUCACAAAGGGGCAAAUUAACUGCUAUCACCAGCUGCUAAAAUACCUUGGUUUUAGUUGCUCUUGUUUUUUUUUUUUCCAGUGUUUUUUUUUUUUUUUUUUUUUAAAGAGCAUUUCAGCUUUUGACAGCCUGUUCUUUCGCAAUGUGAGAGUCAGAACUGUAGGUUUCUGUAAACUGUGUGAUAACGUCACACAUGUAUAGCAGGCUAAAUUAUAUUUAAACCGCUCACAGACACCAUUCAUUAUUUCUAAUGAGAGGGAAGGAAAUAACACGAAAUGUGACUAACCUUGAAACCAUUUUUUUUUUCGUAUAUACUGCUAUGGCUCUCAAAAUGCAUGCAUGUAUUUUCUUGUUACAUUUCAUGGUUAAUUUAAAAUAAUUAAUUUAAUACUGUAACAAACUAUGCUUGUGUUUCCACAGCUGUCUUCAGUAUGUUUUCUGGAAAUCCGUUGUAUAUUUAAAUAUUAAUUAGCUUUAUUGGGUGCACAUUUCAAUUGAAAUGAUCACUCACAGGGAACUGCAUAUGUUUAAAUAUAGGCCUAAAAUUCAAGAUUCAAAGCUUGAAAGCUACUGUGGAUGCUCUCCUGUAUUUAAGGGGUUUUCUUAUAAAAUAGGAGAGCUAUUAAAGAUUUUCCCCC